GCCUGUAGGGCCUUGGCGGCCGGUGAUGCGACGGUGUAGGGCGGGCCCGGGCCCCGGACGAUGCGGCUCCUCCCGCACCGCGCGGGGCACCCGUGGGUGCCCGAGGCCAGGCAGGCCCGACCCUGAGUGGGAAGGACCCGUCUCAGCCAUAGGCCCGCGGAUCUGGCCAGCCUGGCCGCCUACAGCUGCGGCAGCCCUCGGUGCAAAGGAGGAGAACGCCGAGGCCCUGCAGUGCCAGCCCAGCGCUCCCAAGCUGUGGCUGCUGCUGUCCCCUGACCACGAACCACUAGAGCCUGACGAGGACAGAGCCUGUCAGGGUGCUUCUGCUGGUAUUUUGGAGUUCUUACAGACAUCCAACACCACCCGUUCUGUCUGUAUUCAUGUUCCCACACCUCCUGGGCUGGGCUCACUCACCUUCCCACAUCUACUCUGCCUAUGGGUGCCCCACAGCCGAGAGGACUGUUACUCUGUCAUCGCUGAUCUCUAUAACCCCUGCAACACUGCUCUGGCAGGGUGUGGCAGCUGCCCCAUCCCAAGGAGUGGGAUGGGAGUUGGGGGAUCACACAGAGGCCCUGGUAGCUCACCCUCAGGAGUCUGGAGGAAAGACCAAGGCUCAGAUCACACAGCAACGUCAAAACAAAGCGGGGAGCAUCACCAGGGAGCGGAGGGGAGGAGCAGGAAGCAGAGAAGUGCUCUGCCAGGGAUGAGAACGAGAGAGCACAGGCAGCGCGGGUGCUGCUGCCACCAAGCCUUUGCCCAGCGGACAUUCCAGCCUCGUGGCUGAACCGUGCGGGGUCAGACCUGCGGCGAACCCGGGCCCCCCGAACAGCCCUUGGGGCCCCGUG